GGCAACUCAGUGCAGUGCAGUGCAGUUUGUGCAUCCGAGAAUGAUUGAGUGAAGUCCGCAAAUAACCUAGGAAGGAAGCAUUUUUCUUUAAGAUAGUGUAUAAUUCUGAUAAAUCAAACAGUGAAAUGCAACCCUCCGGUGCUCUAGCUUUGCUGCUGAUUGCCACUUUGGCGUGUUCAUCGGUGGGGGCAACGAAUUCAACCGGUGGUCUGCCGAUCGUAAUGUGGCACGGAAUGGGUGACACCUGCUGCUUUCCUUUCAGCUUAGGUGGAUUCAAGAAAUAUUUGGAAUCGAACCUCGAGGUCUACGUUAAGUCAUUGGAAAUCGGAAACUCGAUAGUGACCGAUUACAAAAGUGGUUACUUAAUUCACCCCAACAAGCAGGUAGAAGACGUCUGUCAGCAGCUCGCGAAUGAUCCCAAACUAAGUGACGGAUACAAUGCCAUCGGAUUCUCACAGGGUGGACAGUUUUUGCGAGCUGUUGCCCAGCGAUGUCCAACGCCGCGGAUGAAUAAUCUGAUCACGCUGGGUGGACAGCAUCAGGGCGUGUUUGGGCUACCAGAUUGUCCAUCGUUGAGCAGCAAAACUUGCGAGUACUUCCGGCAGUUGCUUAAUUUGGCAGCUUAUACCGGCUGGGUUCAGGAUUAUCUGGUACAGGCUACCUACUGGCAUGAUCCGCUAAACGAAGGCGCCUAUCGGGAAUCGAGUACGUUCCUGGCCGACAUUAACAAUGAAAAAACGAUCAACGAAACUUACAUUUCCAACCUACAGCAGCUGAACAAAUUUAUAAUGGUGAAAUUUACUAAAGACAAAAUCGUUCAACCGAUCGAAUCGCAAUGGUUCGGAUAUUAUGCCCCCGGGCAGGACAAGGAGGUUCAGACGCUGCAAGAUUCAGAUUUAUUCAUAAAGAAUCGCCUUGGACUGCAGGAGAUGCAAUCGAGAAAUCAGCUCGUGUUUCUGGAAUAUCCCGGAAAUCAUUUGCAGUUUACCAAAGAGUGGUUCCAGAAAAAUGUGUUUCCCUUCCUUUGAGGAGAAACCCGCUUCUCAGGUAAUUAUUUGAUAUUUUAUUAUUGACUCAUUUCAUUUACGGAUUUCAAUAAACAAGUGAUAUUCAACGUAUUUGAAAAACAUUCUGUAAAA